AUGCCGGCUGGAUCGGUGAGAUUGCAAAGCAUUAAAAAACUUGGACAGGAAAACCACAGCUAUGAGGCGUCAGAUGAAGAGCCAGCUGGUUCCUACAUGUGAAUAUCAAUAACUGAAUGUAAAACCAAAGCUCAGGGAAAAACAGAGCAACCAGCAAUACGAGUUGGCUUCUUUCAGCUGUUCCGUUUCGCCACAAACAGAGAGGUUCUGAUGAUUAUGGGCAGCCUGUGUGCCAUCCUGCAUGUCGCCCAGCCCCUCAUGUUGCUGGUGUUCGGCCUCCUCACUGACCCUUUCAUCGACUACACACCGGAGCUAAAUGAGCUGAGCGGACCCCAGAAAGAGUGUGUGAACAACACCAUCCAGUGGAAGAGGAACUACACAGAAGUACUGAACCAGAACCAGUCGGGCUGGGGCCUCAUGCAAUUCACGUGGGAGAUGCUCAGGCCGCUGAAGCCCAGGACGUGUGGACUUCUUGACAUUGAAUAUGAAAUGACCAAAUUUGCCUUUUACUACGUUGGCAGAGUAGCUGUGUUCGUGCUCGGGUACUUUCAGAUCUCCCUGUGGGUGACAUCUGCUGCCAGACAAAUUCAAGUCAUCAGGAGGAUGUACUUCGGCAAAGUGAUGAGGAUGGAGAUCGGCUGGUUUGACUGCACCUCUGUGGGAGAGCUCAACACUCGCUUGUCGGAUGAUAUCAAUAAGAUCAAUGAUGCCAUCGCGGAUCAGGUUGCCAUUUUCAUGCAGCGUUUCACCACCUUUGUGUGUGGCUUCUGCGUUGGCUUCUUCAAAGGAUGGAAGUUGACUCUGGUCAUCGUCGCAGUGAGUCCUCUGAUUGGUGUUGGAGCCGGUCUAAUGGCUCUGUUUGUAGCUAAGCUGACAGGGAUGGAGCUGCAGGCAUACGCCAAAGCUGGAGCUGUAGCUGAUGAGGUGCUCUCCUCCAUCAGGACUGUGGCUGCUUUUGGCGGAGAGAAAAAAGAAGUGGAGAGAUAUGACAGGAACUUGGUCUCAGCACAGCGCUGGGGCAUCAGGAAGGGGCUGAUCAUGGGCUUUUUCACCGGGUACAUGUGGCUAAUCAUCUUCCUGUGCUAUGGUUUGGCCUUUUGGUACGGCUCCCGUCUGGUGCUGGAUGAAGAGGAGUAUUCACCAGGAACACUUCUGCAGGUGUUUUUUGGCGUCUUAAUCGCUGCUAUGAAUUUGGGGCAGGCGUCUCCAUGUCUGGAAGCGUUUGCUGCAGGUCGUGGUGCUGCUACAAUGAUCUUUGAGACUAUUGACAGGGAGCCAGAGAUCGACUGUUUAUCAGAGGCUGGAUAUAAACUCGACAGGGUCAAAGGAGAUAUCGAGUUCCAUAACGUGAAUUUCUACUACCCCUCCAGACCUGACGUGAAGAUCCUAGAUCAGCUCAGUGUAGCAGUGAAAUCGGGCGAGACCACAGCCUUCGUCGGGCCGAGUGGAGCUGGGAAGAGCACCACUAUUCAACUCAUCCAGCGCUUCUACGACCCUAAAGAAGGCAUGGUGACUCUGGAUGGUCAUGACAUAAGAGGGCUCAACAUCCAAUGGCUGCGCUCGCUCAUUGGCAUCGUGGAACAGGAGCCUGUGCUUUUCGCCACAACUAUUGCUGAGAACAUACGUUACGGUCGUCCUGGCGUCUCAUUGGAAGACAUCAUCACAGCCGCCAAGGAGGCCAACGCAUACAACUUCAUCAUGGACCUGCCACAGAAAUUUGACACCUUGGUCGGAGAGGGCGGGGGUCAGAUGAGCGGCGGUCAGAAGCAGCGUAUCGCCAUUGCCCGAGCAUUGGUCAGGAACCCUCGUAUUCUGCUGCUGGACAUGGCCACCUCUGCCCUCGACAAUGAGAGCGAAGCCGUGGUUCAAGAAGCCUUGGAUAAAGUACGCCUGGGUCGCACCACCAUCUCCAUAGCUCACCGGCUGUCUACCAUAAAAAACGCUGAUGUGAUUGUGGGGUUUGAACAUGGCCGGGCGGUGGAGAGGGGUAAACACAAUGAACUGCUGGAGAGGAAGGGUGUCUACUUCACCCUCGUCACCCUGCAGAGCCAAGGAGACAAGGCUCUGAAUGAAAAGGCAAAGCAAAUGGCUGACGAUGAAAAGGAACCAGAGAAGCCAGCGCUAUCCAGAGGACUCAGCUACCAAGACAGUUUGAGAGCUUCAAUUCGCCAGCGGUCACGGUCACAGCUGUCCAACCUCGUCCCUGAAUCUUCAGUUCCUGUUGUUGGAGAGCUUGGCCCCAGAGCCUAUGCCAAUACACAGGCAGACAAAACUAAGAAUGCUAUCCCUGAGGAAGAAGAGGAGGAACCUGUGGAACCUGCUCCAGUUGCCAGGAUCCUCAAGUAUAACAUCCCUGAAUGGCCAUAUUUGCUUUUUGGCUCUAUUGGGGCUGCAGUAAACGGAGGUGUCAGCCCGGUGUAUUCUCUACUGUUCAGUCAAAUCUUGGCAACAUUUUCACUUACAGAUCCAGUGGUUCAGAGGAGGGACAUUGACAGUAUUUGCCUGUUUUUUGUGGUGGUCGGCGUUGUGUCUUUCUUCACUCAGAUGCUGCAGGGAUAUUCCUUCUCCAAGUCAGGAGAACUGCUGACCCGUAGGUUGCGGCGGCUCGGCUUUCAUGCCAUGCUGGGUCAAGAGAUCGGUUGGUUUGAUGAUCACAGGAACAGCCCUGGAGCGCUUACCACACGUCUGGCCACAGAUGCAUCACAGGUUCAGGGGGCUACCGGAUCACAGAUCGGCAUGAUCGUCAACUCUUUGACCAAUAUUGGCGUGGCCGUCCUCAUGUCCUUCUUCUUCAGCUGGAAGCUCACACUGCUGAUCGUCUGCUUCCUGCCGUUCCUUGCUCUGUCUGGCGGCUUCCAGGCUAAGAUGCUCACAGGGUUUGCCAAGCAGGACAAGCAGGCCAUGGAGGCUGCUGGACAGAUUUCUGGUGAGGCUUUAAACAACAUUCGCACUAUCGCCGGCCUGGGGAAGGAGAGGAGUUUUGUGGAGAUGUACGAGGCCCAGCUGGAUGCUCCGUACCAAGCAUCCUUGAAGAAGGCAAAUGUGUACGGAGCCUGUUAUGGUUUUGCCCAGUGUGUUGUCUUCUUGACCAACGCAGCAUCCUAUAGAUUUGGAGGUUACCUGGUAAAAUAUGAGGGGCUUCAUUUCAGCCUCGUAUUCAGGGUCAUCUCUGCCAUUGUUACCAGCGGCACAGCCCUUGGCAGAGCAUCCUCCUACACCCCCGACUACGCCAAAGCCAAGAUUUCAGCAGCACGUUUCUUCCAGCUCCUAGACCGAGUGCCUCUUAUCAGCGUGUACAACGACAAGGGAGACAAAUGGGAGAACUUCCAAGGCAAUCUUGACUUCAUUGACUGCAAGUUCACGUACCCCACCAGACCAGACAUCCAGGUCCUGAAUGGACUGACUGUGGCAGUGAAACCUGGCCAGACGCUGGCCUUUGUGGGGAGCAGUGGCUGUGGGAAGAGCACCAGCGUGCAGCUUUUGGAGAGGUUUUAUGAUCCUGACCAAGGCAAAUUGCUGAUUGAUGGCCACGAGUCAAGUCGUGUCAAUGUGCCCUUCCUACGAUCCAAGAUUGGCAUCGUGUCCCAGGAGCCUGUCUUGUUUGACUGCAGCAUUGCAGAGAACAUCAAGUACGGUGACAACUCACGGGAAAUCAGCAUGAAUGAGGUCAUCUCCGCUGCUAAGAAAGCCCAGCUUCAUGACUUUGUCAUGUCCCUACCAGAGAAAUAUGACACCAACGUUGGCGCCCAGGGUUCUCUGCUGUCUCGUGGUCAGAAGCAGCGCAUCGCCAUUGCCAGGGCGAUCGUGCGUGACCCUAAGAUCCUGCUGCUGGAUGAGGCCACCUCUGCUCUGGACACGGAGAGCGAGAAGACUGUGCAGGAUGCCCUGGACAAAGCCAGAGAGGGCCGGACCUGCAUCGUCAUCGCCCAUCGUUUGUCCACCAUUCAGAACUCAGACAUUAUCGCCGUCAUGUCCAGGGGUAUUUUGAUCGAGAAGGGAACGCAUGACCAGCUCAUGGCCCUGAAUGGCGCCUACUACAAGCUGGUUACCACAGGAGCACCAAUCAGCUAACUGCUCAAGGAAGGUCGCCAAUUAGCAGUGGGCG